AUGAAACUUCUUAGAGUUACAGCAUGGAUAUUUCGCUUCUUGUAUAACUGUCGAUCCAAGCAGCGCAUUUCUAUUGAUCUCACAUGUGAUGAGCUUAACACAGCAAAAAACUAUUGGAUUCUCACAGUGCAAAAGCAAUGCUUUUCGGCAGAACUUAUCGCUUUACAAAAUAAUUCCCCUUUGCCAAAAUCUUCAGAAAUUAGCCGUUUUAACCCAUUUCUUCAAGAAAAUCUCAUACGAUUAGGAGGUAGAUUACAGUGUGCAUCGCUCAAAAAUAAUCAAAAAGACCCUUUGCUUCUUGAUGGCUCUCAUCUUUUUGUACAUCUUUUCAUAUACUACACCCACGUGAAGCUUCAUCACUUAGGUGUUCAAAUAGUAUUUUCAGAGAUUCGUUCCAACUUCUGGAUAAUACGAGGACGUGAAACCAUUAAACGAGUGCUCUAUAAAUGUCUACCUUGUAAACUCUCACAGGCAUCUAGAAGUCAACAAAUCGAAGCUCCUUUACCGAGGGACAGAAUUACACCUUGCCUUCCAUUUACUACUAUUGGCAUAGAUUUCGCUGGCCCGCUAUAUGUUCGUAACUUGAAACCUUUAAAUACAGCCUGUAUCACCCUUUUCACUUGCUCAACUACUCGUGCUGUACAUAUUGAACUAGUUUCUGAUCUCACUACUGACAAAUUUCUCAUGGCCUUAAAAAGAUUUGUAGGCAGAAGAGGAAUCCCUCAUACAAUAUACACUGACAACGCCACUACCUUCCACGUCUCUAAUAAAGAGCUAUCCAUUUUAUGGGACAACUUGAUAUCGUCGAAAGUUCAGCAAUAUUAUGCCCAGACGGGAAUUAAGUGGAAAUUUAUUGUUGCACGAGCGGCUUGGUGGGGAGGAUGGUGGGAACGUUUGAUCGGACUAACAAAAAGAUGUUUGCGAAAAUCCCUAGGUCGAACCUUGUUAGAUGAAGAAGGUCUUUCUACAGCAUUAGUUGGUGUUGAAGCCGCAUUAAAUAGUCGACCGUUAGUUUAUGAACAAGGAAAUGAUGAUCCUGAAGAAUCAUUAACACCAUCCCAUUUUCUUACCGGUAAAAGACUUACAACCAUACCUUNAAAUUUAAAGGGUUAG